CAAAACUGUGCCCCACACAACGUCGCCUUGAAAUAUCGUUAAGUUCACCACCAAGCUACAUGCAACAUCAAGAAUGGUCUCAGCUUUUGCAUUGUGAAUGAACAAACGUUUGCCCAAAAUGUACUUCCAAAAUACUUCAAACAUAACAAUAUGGCCAGCUUCACACGACAGCUCAAUAUCUAUGGUUUCCGAAAGGUAAUUCGAUUGGAGAAUGGAAAGAGUGGCCAGAAGAUACCAACUACAGAAUUUCAACAUCCAUUCUUCAGAAGAGGAGAAUCCAAUGUUCUAGAACACAUCAAGCGCAAAGGGCAGCCAAUGAAAAUGGAGGAUGUGAAACUCUACACUGAAGAGUUGCAAAAAAUGAUGACCGAAGUGCAAGAGAUGAAUCAGAAACACAGUAGUAUGAAUGCCAAGUUUACCAAACUGAAAAAGCAAUAUACAACACUUUGUCUUGAAAUGAAAACUCUGAGGCAGAAGCAUGGUGAGCAACAGCGGCUGUUAACACAGAUUCUUCAGUUUAUCCUGAAGUCGAUAAGUAAAAAUCAGAUGGCAAACAAAAGCAGUACAAGGUCAUUACCAGCCAUAUGUGAAGCUGAAGCUUCCAAAUGUCCUCGUCAGUAUUUCCAUAUCCCAGAGGAGAAAGAGAAAGAAGCUAUGGAGAUAUUAAAAGAUGGUUAUGCAAUUAUUGAAGAAAAAUAUAAAAAUCUCCUUGACGGUGAUUUACCGGCUUUGAAAAAUGAAUACAAAAACUUAUUUUCAUCUGGGGACCAAGAAAAUGGAGGCAAUGGAAAAGUCACUCAAACGUCAAUUCAAGAUGGACCUGUGAGUGAGGAGUCAGUGAUCACCGAUUUGAAUUUGGCCACGCCGGAUAUACGAGACCUAAUAACUGCGGAACCCUUAGGACAGGAAACUGAAGAUAUGCCUUUCGAUCUGGAGGCUUUGCUUUCUCAGGACAUCAAUUCAAUCUUGACUGGGGAUGACUCACAUAUUCUGUGUGACCCUAUAAUGAACAGGGAUGAAAUGCACUCCACUGAUGAAGAUUUGAUGGAACUAAAUUCUCUUCUGUCUAAGAAUAAUGUGAAUUACACCUCUGAUCAUGUCAGUGAGAGUUUAACUUUAAUGGAAAUUGAGGAAGGAGAGAUAAGUCUACUUGGUGCCAAUGGAAAAACAGAUGAGCUAUUGAUGAGUGAUUUUGGAGAAGAACAUGAAGAUUUUAGUGACCUCCCUUCAGAAGAUGUGAAGAAGCCAUCGAAUUUCUUCCCAGGUUUACGUGACCAUGAUUAUGCAGCCCAGAAUAUUUCUUCUCAAGAUGUUACAAGUCCUACUGAAAAUGUUACUCCCCCCUCAUGUAUGGACACCAGUGAAGAGUGAAAGCGAUUCCCCCUGCCUCUUUUGUAACUCUGUUAGCAGUUGUGUUGAAGAAUCCAUUACAGUUGAUCCUUCUACUUGAGUUUAGUUUGAGCUCCCUACAAUCUAACUUUCUGGUAGAAAACAGAUAGGAAUUUCUAACUUUGUCUAGCAUAUUUCCCUUUAUCACUUAAUCACAGCAGAAUCUGUAACUUUAAAAUGUGUUAAUAUUUUUGCUCUCUUGUACAUAAGCACAAUAUCAUAGUUGGGAUAAAAUCCAGUCCACAUGAAAAGGACAGGAAAUUCAUCAAAGUUAGGGGUUAAUAAAAAGGCCCUUUUUUUCUAGUUUUAAAGCAACAUUCUUCCAAUACUUUGUGUCCAGAAUAGAAAUUUGUGUUAAAUGCCAAAAACUACAGUAGGUUUCUAAAUAAAUAGCAAAUCUCUGUGAUUAGUUUCUGCUUAUAGGAAAAAAUACAUCAUCUCAGAAUUUCUUGAGACAGAUCUGGUUUCGAAAAAUAAUGUUAUUUGUCAACUCUGAAAAGGAUGGCUCUAAAAUUUUCCUUAG